AUGUUCUUGAAAGAUCUGCUCACCAAAAAGAGAAAAUACAUACAUAAUGACACGAUUGUUGUGGAAGGAAAUUUUAGCACAGUGAUUCAACGCAUCCUUCCACCCAAGCACAAGGAUCCCGGAAGUGUCAUCAUUCCUUGCUCUAUCGGUGCAGUUUCUGUUGGUAAGGCUCUCAUUGAUUUGGGAGCAAGUAUUAAUUUGGCGUUGCUCUCCAUGUGUAGAAGGAUAGAAGAGCUGGAAAUAAUGCCAAUAAGAAUGACGUUGCAGUUAGCAGACCACUCCAUUACCAGGCCAUAUGGAGUGAUUGAGGAUGUUUUGGUCCGAGUUAAGCACUUCACUUUCCCGACUGAUUUCAUUGUCAUGGACAUUGAAGAGGAUGCUGAGAUCCCCUUGAUUUUGGGACGUUCUUUCAUGUUAACCACAAGCUGUUUGGUGGACAUGGGAAAAUGGAAGUUAGAAAUGGGCAUUGAAGAUCAAAAGAUCAGUUUUGAUCUAUUUGAUGAAGAAAAGCAAUUGUUGGACCAGAAUGUUUGUUUGCAGGUGAAGGAGUUUGGUGAAGAGGUUCUGAAGGUGGGAACCAAAUUUGAUCCAGACCCAUAG